CCUCCUUGUCGUAAGUUCCGGGGUUUCCAUAGAGACCGAGGACGCGGCUGUUUGUUGUGUCUUCCUGGUGUGCGCGGUGUCUGCAGCAACAUGUCUGAAGUUGAAGAAACGUUGAAGAGGAUUCAGGCUCAGAAAGGAGUCAUUGGAACUAUAGUAGUGAAUUCUGAAGGUAUUCCAAUUAGGACUACUCUAGAUAAUUCCACCACAGUCCAGUAUGCCGGGCUCCUUCACCAAUUGUCUAUGAAAGCUAGAAGCACGGUACGAGAUAUCGACCCUCAAAAUGAUCUCACAUUCCUCAGGAUUCGUUCAAAGAAGCAUGAAAUUAUGGUUGCCCCAGACAAAGACUAUCUACUGAUCGUCAUACAAAACCCAUCAGACUGACCAAAGCAAUUGAGUGGUUAUUCGUCAUCUUUAUAAUUUUCCUUCAAAGAAAUGUGUGUUUUUUCUUAAAUGAGCUCUUCACACAAAUGUAAUUUUUUUUAUUG